CCCGACCUUGCUGUCCAGGACCUUGACCUAGCCCACUUUCUCUGUUCCCUUUUCUCACCUAGCUGUUGCUCUACGCUAAAAUUAAAGCCAGGGGGCUCCAGGUCCCAGACUCCCCUACUCCCACCUCCUGGAGCCAGGGAGUGAUCGAUGAAAGGAGGAGGCCAGAUGGAAAACAAACAGUUCACCACCACCAUGACACGAGACAUCCAGUCCCCUUUCUUCCUGCUGCUGCUACUCCUAGUGCUUACAGGUGAGGGGCACAAGAGUACAGAAACAAAGACUUCAGCUACUCAAGGCAGCCCAGCCUCCAGCUCCACUGAGAGAAAUUCUUUGUCUAUUAGGGUCUCUUUGUUUUUUUUGUCUUUCCACAUUUUGAACCUCCAGUUUAACUCUUCCCUGGAAGAUCCCAGGACCAACUACUACCAAGAGCUGCAGAGAAGCAUUUCUGAAUUGCUUUUGCAGAUUUAUAAACAAGAGGAUUUUCUAGGCCUCUAUAAUAUCAAUUUCAGGCCAGGAUCUGUGGUGGUAGAAUCGACUCUGGCCUUCCGAGAGGGUACCAUUGAUGCCCAGAGUGUGGAGACACAGCUUGUUCAACAUGAAUCAGAAGCAGCCAGAUAUAACCUGUCUAUCUCAAGAGUCAGUGUGAAUGCUGUGUCGUUUCCUUCCUCUGCCCAGACUGGGUCUGGGGUACCAGGCUGGGGCAUUGCCCUGCUGGUGCUGGUCUGCAUUCUGGUUGCACUGGCCAUCAUCUAUCUCAUUGCCCUGGCUGUGUGUCAGUGCCGCCGAAAGAACUAUGCACAACUGGACAUCUUUCCAGCCCGGGAUGCCUACCAUCCUAUGAGCGAGUACCCCACCUACCACACCCAUGGGCGCUAUGUGCCCCCGGGUAGUACCAGUCGUAGCCCCUAUGAGGAGGUGUCUGCGGGCAAUGGCCUCUCUUACACGAACCCGGCAGUGGCAGCCACUUCUGCUAACUUGUAGGGGCAUGUCGCCCACUGAACACCAGCCAGUGCCAGUCCACUUCCCUCAGGUUCUUCAUUGCCAGAGUCCUCUCCUCUGUUCUGAUCUGGUGAGCUGAGAAUUCAGGUGGCCUGCUCAGAGCCUCCCUCAGAGGCCCCACCAAUUCCCUUACUCAUCUUAGCCUGGUGUAGACAUGUGUGUAUCCCUGGGAGAUAUGCCUGGAGCAGUGGUGCAGUGGUGGCUCUCAGGAGGACUGGCCCAGAAGAGAUUGGGUGGAACCAGAGCAAGGCUGAAUAAAACGUGCCUCCCACUGCGCCAA